GGCUGCGUAGUGGAGCAGUCUGCCACAGACAAGGGGAAGAAAGACCGUGGCUGGUACGGACGGUGCUGUCUGGCUACAAUAGAAACAAAAGCGAGCGGUCUGUUCGAGCAUAAAGCGCAACGGUGUCUCUUGGAUUAUACAUCGUUACUCUAAUGGUGAUCUGAUACCUGGGUUAUUGAUCAGGUCCAUGCUAGCUAGAGCCAUGAGCGGUCUACUGAAGAGGAAGUUUGAGGAGGUCUAUGAUGAGGACCAGUGCUACUCCUCUUCCUCCUCCCCGUCCUCCUCAGCCUACUCCGGGUGGGACUCGGAGGGCGAGAGCUGCUACUCAGACACCCUUGACUCAACACCCAGCAACCCUGGCUCUCCAGACACACAUUGCAACACCAAGUCCAUCCCGAAGAAGGCUAAGCGUGAACGGCUAGGGCGGGGCAACGUGACCUUUGACACGGUGACAGUGUUUCUCUUCCCGCGGUGCCAGGGCUUCAGCAGCGUGCCCAGUAGAGGGGGCUGUUCCCUGGGCAUGAUGCAGCGCCACAGCGCCCUCCGCAGGUACACCAUGGAAGAGUACGCUGUGGAGCAACACAUCCUUCGUCGGGAGAAACUCCUCAACCGCCUCCGAGAGGAGAAACUAGACGCUCUGAAACAGAAACUGACUAAGGGAGGCACAGUGGAGUCAGAGGAGGCUGACCGCCUCACCAUCGAAGACAUCCCUGAGGACGAGAUGGACAUUAGCAGCUGUAACCUAGACGACGACUCCUUCCUCCACCCCUACCCCUCCAAGAGGAGACAAGCCCUGCUGAAGGCUGCGGGGGUGAAGAUCGAUAAGGAGGAGAAGAGGAAGCUCCAGCAGCUGAGAGUGUCCAGGGAGGACUGUGGCUGUGACUGUCAGGGCUUCUGUGAGCCAGAGACCUGCGCCUGCAGCCUGGCAGGCAUCAAGUGUCAGAUGGACCACUCGUCAUUUCCCUGCGGCUGCACUAAGGAUGGCUGCUGUAACCGGGAAGGGCGUAUAGAGUUCAACUCCAGCCGGGUUCAGACCCACUACAUCCACACCAUCAUGAAGCUAGAGCUGGAGAAGAGACUGGAGGAGACGUCUGGACCAGAGGAAGAGACCGCCCCAGCCCACAACCCCCUGUCCGACCUCCCCUCCAUCCCAGAUGGCCCCUCCUUCUACUUCAGCUCAGAGCUGGCGGCGGUCGGGGAGAACAGCUGUAGCAGCGACAUGACAGACUCCUCUGUCUCCUCGGGGGGGAGUGAGGACUCAGAGGAAGGGGCGGGUUUAGGCCGGGAGGACGAUGUGGAUGAAAACGGACAGCGCCGCGUACUCAGCGACAACGACUAUAACGUAAAUCACUACGUUGUUAAUGACAACCGCUGUUGCCCCAAGCAAUGGCUACAGCAGCAGAAGCAGGCGUCGUCCAUGACGUCAACAGCCUGGAUGUUGGCAGGGUUUAGCACGGCAGACUUCCCAGAGGAGAAUGACAAUCUAGAGGUGCACACAGACAACCGGGCCAUGGCCAUAUCACAACUGUUAGAUGAUAACGCUAACCAAGGCAACGGUCUGUUCCACCACCACAGCAGCUGCAGUAUCUCUAACCCCCCAUCCCCCUCCGUAGACUUCCCCAACGCCCAAUCCCCCUCCGUAGACUUCCCCAACGCCCAAUCCCCCUCCGUAGACUUCCCCAACGCCCAAUCCCCCUCCGUAGACUUCCCCAACGCCCAAUCCCCCUCCGUAGACUUCCCCAACGCCCAAUCCCCCUCCGUAGACUUCCCCAACGCCCAAUCCCCCUCCGUAGACUUCCCCAACGCCCAAUCCCCCUCCGUAGACUUCCCCAACGCCCAAUCCCCCUCCGUAGACUUCCCCAACGCCCCAUCCCCCUCCGUAGACUGCCCCAACGCCCCAUCCCCCUCCGUAGACUGCCCCAACACCCCAUCUCCCUCAGUAGACGGCACCGCUGCCAGCUACAUGGACCUUAGCCUGUCCUCAGAGUCUGACCUGGAGUUCUUUGAUGGUUUCUGUCUGGGUCCUUCCUCCCUCUACAACUCCCUAACAGAGUACCAACACAUGGACACCUUCUUUCACUUCCAGUUGCCUAGUUACCCCAGCAGCCAAUCACAGGCCAGCGACCCCGGGACCUGCCCCCUGGAGUCUCUGAUUGGUCUGUCAGAAUCUGACCCAGAACCCCCUGCAACGUUCACAGACAAUCAGCUGUUGGAAGAAGCCGUCAGGGAUUAACUAUCGGGACCUGAACCGCCAACUGUUUUCUGGACUAUGUAGGGAAUUAGGGGGGAUGGGGGUCAGUGUAAACAGACUUCUGUUGGAAGAAGCUGUGAUUUCUCUCUUGCCUUCCAAAUGUUAGCAAAGCAGUUGGUAAUUAUCGCUAUAUGAAAUGGCAGCUAACGUUUCACUUGGUAAUUAUCGCUAUGAAAUGGCAGCUAACGUUUCACUUGGUAAUUAUCGCUAUAUGAAAUGGCAGCUAACGUUUCACUUGGUAAUUAUCGCUAUGAAAUGGCAGCUAACGUUUCACUUGGUAAUUAUCGCUAUAUGAAAUGGCAGCUAACGUUUCACUUGGUAAUUAUCGCUAUAUGAAAUGGCAGCUAACAUUUCACUUGGUAAUUAUCGCUAUAUGAAAUGGCAGCUAACAUUUCAUAAAAGUGAGAUUUAAAAUAAGUCAUUUUCUACUUUGUAGAAUAAUAGUGAAGACAUCAAAACUCUGAAAUAACACGUGUUGGGUUUUAUAUAUCGCUAAAUGUCAACCUCCGAAACUAAGAAUAGUACAGCUGGGUAUUAAUGAAUACUCUUGAGAAACCAAAAAUGGUAUUCAAAACACCUAUAACUUUUAUCUAUAUAUUAUUAUUAUUAUUUUAAUGUAUUUCUUUUUAUGAUUUUCUAUUUAUUUUCAGAUGAAAAACCCACUAAAGCUGUGCUGAAGCAGCACUGUGAUUUGAUAUUUAUAACCUGGAAGUGCAAUAUGUGUCCCAAACCCUAUCCCCUAUAUACUGUAGUACCCUAUGGGCUCUGGUCUAAAGUAGUGCACUAUAUAGAGAAUAGGGUGCCAUUUGGAACUGAAUCCGUAUUAGACAUGGUCAGCAAUAUGGGAUUAUAUAAAAGACCAUUGGGAAAGUAUUUAAUAUCUGUUCUCUUAUUGGUUAAACAACAUUUUGGUAACAUUAUUUUAGUAGUUUGAUCUAAUUUCUUACAUGUUGGGCAAUAAGAGAGAGGUGGUGUUUACUCAGGAGGGCUAUGGCCCAAUCCCAAAUCAAUCCCUAAACCCUACGCCAUUGUGGAGAUCUGAGGUGAUUUGAUUGGUAUAAGCAAUAUAAUGACACUUCCACCUAGCCUAUCAGUGCAAAGGGAGAGCUAUUACCAUAUUGACUGCACCUGUCAAAUCCAAUUAACUCUCCACACGUGUGUAGGGUUGAUGGGUCGAUUCGGCCAACGUCUAGCCAUCUCUACUAGGCCAACGUCUAGCCAUCUCUACUAGGCCAACGUCUAGCCAUCUCUACUAGGCCAACGUCUAGCCAUCUCUACUAGGCCAACGUCUAGCCAUCUCUACUAGGCCAACGUCUAGCCAUCUCUACUAGGCCAACGUCUAGCCAUCUCUACUAGGCCAACGUCUAGCCAUCUCUACUAGGCCAACGUCUAGCCAUCUCUACUAGGCCAACGUCUAGCCAUCUCUACUAGGCCAACGUCUAGCCAUCUCUACUAGGCCAACGUCUAGCCAUCUCUACUAGGCCAACGUCUAGCCAUCUCUACUAGGCCAACGUCUAGCCAUCUCUACUAGGCCAACGUCUAGCCAUCUCUACUAGGCCAACGUCUAGCCAUCUCUACUAGGCCAACGUCUAGCCAUCUCUACUAGGCCAACGUCUAGCCAUCUCUACUAGGCCAACGUCUAGCCAUCUCUACUAGGCCAACGUCUAGCCAUCUCUACUAGGCCAACGUCUAGCCAUCUCUACUAGGCCAACGUCUAGCCAUCUCUACUAGGCCAACGUCUAGCCAUCUCUACUAGGCCAACGUCUAGCCAUCUCUACUAGGCCAACGUCUAGCCAUCUCUACUAGGCCAACGUCUAGCCAUCUCUACUAGGCCAACGUCUAGCCAUCUCUACUAGGCCAACGUCUAGCCAUCUCUACUAGGCCAACGUCUAGCCAUCUCUACUAGGCCAACGUCUAGCCAUCUCUACUAGGCCAACGUCUAGCCAUCUCUACUAGGCCAACGUCUAGCCAUAUCUACUAGGCCAGCAGCACAGUGCUUCUGUUUGAGCUGUACUGUGUAACCUUCCUAUUUUAAAAAUCAAAAUGUAGAGUACUGGGUCUGCUGUAGAUACUGCUAUCUAUAAUGUUACCAUAGAGAAUCACUAUUUUAUAAAUCAUUUGUGUAGAUUGAAAGAAAGAAUUCUAAAUCUGUGUCACUGAAAUUAUUUUAUUAAGAAAAUGCAAAUUGCGUAUUUUUUUUUUUUUAAUAUUGAAACCUUUGUAAUAGAUAAAUGUAGACGUAUUAUGAAAGCUUUUGCUCUCCAGUAUUUUCCAUUGGACUAUGAAAUGCCACUAAAACAAAAUGAAUUAGAAAAAUAUCCAUAUGAUCGUUGUGACUGAGACGACAUGAUAUUUUUAUGGGUAAAAACGUCAUAUAUUUAUGCAGAAAGACUCAAAAGUUGUGUGUUUACCUCCAUUAAGUCCUCAAGCAGACCUUUUUGAACAAAAUAACGGCCUGGAUGCUGAGAUGAAGAUACAGAACUAGUAGAGCUGAUCUGUACUCUGUCUCUACAGCCGGCCCCGUUCACACCGUCUGUUUACGAUCUGAUUUGGGGUAUACUUUAAAACGCUGCAUAAUGUAUUCUUCUGCUAUCUGCCUUCAUUUGCUUACGUUGACAUCAUCUCAUUGAAAGAAAAACAAGGCCACCAACAGAACACAGCUUCUCUGGUGUAAAUGCAUUAAUCUAAGUAAAGACAUGGCAACAAUGGGGAUUCAUUACAUUCUUGAAUGGAGAGCAAACCAGAGCAGUUUGAUUUUUCACUUUCAUUGUCCCUCUCUAACUGACCGUUUUUAAAAAGCUGUUCAUUUCAUCCAAGUCCCUUUUUGACAGUUUGUCCCUUUUUAAAAAAUAAAACUUUUUCUUAAAUGCU